AUGCCGCUCGGGUCAUGGCUUAGGCCUAGAAACCGUGGUUUCCUCGGAGCAGACAGCUCUGCUCUGCCAACGCAGGAUCUGCAGGACCGCCAUCAAUUGCGAUAUGAGCUGGAUCUAAAUUCAUGGAAUUUUCGUAUUUGGGGUGUCGCUGCCUCGGGCUUUUUAACUGACUCAUACAAUCUUUUCUCUACCAACGUCAUUAUCGCAUCUAUCGCAUUUGUAUAUUACCCGCAUGGCCGUGAAUGGCCUAGUCUCCUUAUCAACCUCUUUACACUCCUUGGCUCCGUUAUCGGUCAACUUUCAUUUGGCUUUCUCGCAGAUUACUAUGGCCGCACGCGACUAUACGGAAUCGAACUGGUGCUGGUCAUUGUCUCGACUAUCGGCGUUGCAACGAGCAGUCACGGAUACAAUGACAUGUCUUUCUUGGGGCUGUUCAUCUGGUGGCGUUUUGUCAUGGGCGUCGGCAUUGGUGCCGAAUAUCCUCUCAGCGCGGUCAUCACAUCAGAAUGGUCCAGCACACAUUCGAGGGCGACCAUGCUAUCGAGUGUGUUUCUCAUGCAACCCAUUGGUCAGGCAUUGGCGCAGCUUGUCGGGCUAUGGGUGCUACUUGGCUUUGAAGAUAGCAAGAAGCUGAGGGAUCUUCGUUGCGGCUUGGAUACCUUGCAUGAAGAAGAGUGCCGUAGGGCUGUGGAUGGCAUCUGGCGUAUCGUCAUAGGAUCCGGCGCUAUUCCCGCCCUUCUUGCCAUCAUUUUCCGCUUCUUUUUGUUUGACUGCGGCCUCUACAGUCUCGAAGUUCGCAACAAGCCGGCCGUCGCCAUUAUGAACACGCAAAGAGUCUAUGGAAUGCCGGCCAGUUCAGCUAUUCGUUCUCAGAGUAUACAUCAUCAAAACUCGUUUGCGCUACAAAAUACAAAUGGUAAUUUGCAUCCGGAGCCCUCGCCACGACCCAUGCCGUUGCAGUUUUCACGCGAAGAUUUGCACAAUUACUUCAUUCGCGAUAGAAAUUGGGUCUACUUGCUUGGAACGGCCGCUACAUGGUUUUUCCUGGAUGUGAGUUUUUAUGGAUUGUCUCUCGAUAACAAAGGCACACUCUCCGACAUGUGGGCGACGACACCGCCGGUCCCCAUCAACGAGAACCUCGCAUGCUGGAAUUCAAGUUUACCGGAAGGAACAUCCACAGUCCCUGGAUGGCGAAAAUCAGGGUUGCCUACGUGGCAAACCGAUUCAACACAUCCGUGUAAUACCAUUUACGAUGUCUUGAUCGAGCAAACCAAGCAGUACCUCUUGACUGUGUCGCUUGCGUCUAUAGCAGGCAGCCUCUGCUUCAUCAUCUUUGCAAAUCGCAUACCCAGACGCCAGUGGCUUACCGCAUCAUUCAUCAUUCUAGCCGUCUUGUUCAUGAUUACCGGUGGAGUUUACUAUGGUGUUCACCGUGACAAUGCGGCGGCCGCCACCGUCGUCUGCGUGGCCAUCUGCCACUUCAUGUUUAAUUUUGGUGCCAAUACGCUCACAUUUAUCAUCCCUGCUGAGAUCUUUCCCACCUGCUAUCGCUGUACGUGCCACGGCAUCUCGGCAGCCGCCGGCAAACUCGGCAGUAUCGUUGCCGUGCUCGUCGUAUUUGGCAUCAACAAGGCCUACAAGAGUCAGACACGCCAGGGCCUCAUCUUUUUGCUCUUUGGCUCGGUCGCCGUGGUGGGGGCUUUUUUCUCAUGGGCCUACUUGCCCGACUCGCAGCGCUGGGUCGUCGAGCCCACAGGUGACGGCCGCGAGAAGCGAUUCCUCGAGACCAAGGACCUGGAAGAGCUGGGCGAAGGUAGGGAGCGAGCCAGGCAAGCGGGAGAGUUGGUGGCAUUCAAGGAGCGAUGGGGUGGACUGCGCAGUCGAAGAGGCGAGCAAAGGACCGGACCCGAGGCGUAG